AGUAGAUCAAAUGUUUUAAAUAGCAGCUCUUGAAAAUAGAAGAAGACUAUUUGACGUUUCAAUAUACUAUAACCUAAAUUCAAUUUUUGCAUCGAAAUUAAUAAUAAUGUGGGCAGAUACCCUUUUAAUAGUUUUUAUUUCAAUAUGCACAGCCUUUCUUGGUGAAGGCUUAACAUGGGUGAUGGUAUAUCGUACUGAAAAAUAUCAAAAGUUAAAAACUGAAGUAGAAAAGCAAAGCAAAAAAUUGGAGAAAAGGAAAGAAAUUCAUGGAGAUUCAUUAGAUAAACACCACAAAAAGAAAAUCGAAAGAGAAGAAGAGAGAUUAAAGAAUAAUAAUAGGGAUCUAUCAUUUGUAAAAAUGAAAUCUAUGUUUGCAAUAGGUUUCGCAUUUACGGCGUUAUUAAGUAUGUUUAAUAGCAUAUUUGAUGGCAGAGUUGUUGCGAGGCUACCUUUCCUUCCAAUAACUUGGAUACAAGGAUUAAGUCAUAGGAACCUUCCUGGAGAAGAUUUCUAUGAUUGUUCAUUUAUUUUUUUAUAUAUUUUAUGUACUAUGUCUAUAAGACAGAAUAUACAAAAAUUGCUUGGAUUCGCCCCAUCCAGAGCUGCAUCAAAACAAGGAAACGGCCUCUUUGGACCGACUGCUGGACAGUUUAAAUAAUUGUAAAUUUUAUUAAUUAAUAGAUAAAUUUUUUGUUCACUCUACUAGUUUGAUCAAAUUGAAUUGGAUUAAAAUGCUGCUGUAUUUAAGAAAAUAACUUCUAUUCAUGGUAUUUUUGAUAGCUGUCCCUUAAAACUAUCCAAAUGAUUAAUUUUGGUAAUAAAAACAGACCAAUUGUACCAUAUAUCAAUAACUAUUUUUAAGAUAAGUUUCCUUACUAACCUCUUCUCAGUUAACAACAAAUUGAAAGCGUGUUUUUCCAAAAAACACUUCCUCUAAAAAAACAGAGGAGUCACUUUAUUAAGACAGGUCCUACAGUUUUAUCCACGUCUGCCAUAGAUUAUUUUUCAA